CGCCAUCUGUGAAAUCAAUUAUAAGAUCACCACCAGUACCCAGCUUAAGCUUUGGACGGUAGGCGACUAGUUCAAGAGACAAGGAUGUAAACAACGGGGAUGCAAGGCCAUACCACCUAUUAUAUUCCUACAUAAUAGUUUUGACCUGUAGCUACCAUGGCAGAGCGUAGAUUUACACGUGGCCUGGGCAAGCCAGGUAUGGCUGCUCAAGUGAGAGAAAACGUGUCGCAAGCAGUGAAAGCAACAGCUACACAGGUCAAGCCAAGACUUGCUGACCCCAUAGACUUUGAGGAGUUUGUUUCUAAGAACAAAGUGAUGUUGAAUAAUGACACCCUGAGAGAACUGCUUAUGUACCCUCUUGAUGAUAUUUCACACUGUGUUGUUCCUCGGGUCACAAGAACUUUGCAGUCAUUAGCUGCUGUUCAUCUUGAUGAGGAAGUGAUGAAUCCUCUUGUGCGGCAGUGCCUUGCAACCUACUCACAAGACCUUACUACCGUGACGCACAAAUAUCUACCAUAUUCUGGGUCUUACCUCCACUUACCAAGAUUACCCCGUGUGGAUGAUUUAAAGGAACAAGUUUAUGAAGUGGAUACUGAUAUUGAACAAGGAGAUCUAGCAAUUUUGACUAAUGGGGAGAAUAUACUGAAGAAAGGGUACCUCCUCAAAGGUCCAGAGAGUGGCAAUGAGAAGAUUUUUGGCAAUUUCUCCUCAAAGACUUUCAAAAGGAGAUUUGCUUGCCUGAGGCAAGAAGUUGAUGGCACUUACCUACUGGAGUUUCACAAAGAUGAAAGAAAACAUGACCCCAAAGGAACUAUUGUAAUGGAUUUCUGCACUCAGAUAUCUAAGAACCCAAGACGGGGGAAAUGCUGCUUUGAGUUGCAGAUGUCUGAGUGUGGAAAAUCUGCCCUAUUGUCUGCAGAAAGUGAGGCUGACUUGGAGGACUGGAUGGACAAACUUACACGUGUUAUUCAUGCUGAUAAGCCUCAGGAUGAGUCCAGAACAGAAAGAGGGUCAACACCUCCCUCGAGUAACUACGGAACUUUACGAGGUUUAGAACAUAGUCUUAAUCCUCAGCUGAUUAAAUAUGCCCAUGAGACAGAUUUUUCUAUUGCACAAGCACGGCGUGAAGAAAGACAUCAGUUGUUUACAUGUUAUUCAAAUCUUCCGCGUUCUGAGAGUGAGAAUGGCAGCGUGGAACUCAGGGAUGAAAGCCUGAUAUGGCCUUAUGAGGAAAAGUUUGGAACUCGUUUUCGAGUUCUUUUUGAGACCAUUAAGUUUAAACUUCAGGCCCCACUGGACUCUGGUGAUGGUCCAUUGUCUCAGCUGGAACCAUAUAUGACCUAUGCCUCUCUCUAUGAUGUUACACAAGGCUGUAAGAUUUCUGAAGACUUCCACUUCGACCUUAAUAACCCUAUGAUUCGGAGUCUGAUAUCCAAGACAAAGAAAAAAUCUGAUGAUCCGAAAGAUAACUCAGGAACAUCACUACCACUUUCCCUUGCUGGAGUUCCUGAGGAGUGGAUUGCACACCCUAAACAGGCUGUGAUGAGUGUGACAAGGCCUCAUAGUGAUGUCUUCCUUGUAAUCCAGAUUGAAAAAGUUCUUCAGGGUUCCAUCAGUCAGACUGUGGAGCCAUAUCUCAAGAGUAUGGACUCCAAAGGUAUCCAGAAACUACAAAAAAUGAUAAAAACUUGCUGCUACAGGCACAGUUGUGGGGGAUUGAGCAGUGAUGCUGUCUCUCUGUCCAUUACAAAUUUAGUUUCUACUAGGCUUGGUGAAUUCAGAAUGCCCUUUGGAUGGUGUGCUCGGCCAGUAUUUAAAAAUUCUGGGAACCUUGACAAAGAUUCUGAUUUUUCUCCAAUUUACCGAUGUGAAGAAAAAAGACUAAGUGAGGUGGAGUUCAUAAAGAUGUUGACUGAUUUCCGGAGGCCAGAAAAGAUGAAUAAAUUGGCAAUCAUACCAGGGAAUGUCAGUGUCCAGAUCUUACCAAUGGAAGUUACUUUACCUAAUUCCCUGACACCUGCCCUGGAGCCAGUCAAACCGUUCCCAAACCCUCCUACUCAUGAACCAACAGUGGAGGUACAGGAAUUCCCAAGUAGUCACAUUGAUGAUAUUCACCCUUAUGUGAGCUAUUUCAAUCAUCUUUAUGUGUAUCCACAUUACCUGAAUUAUGAGAAUCAGAAAAGCUUCAGUCGAGCCAGAAAUUUGGUUUGUACUGUUGAACUUCGGGACUCAGAUGCUGAAGGUGCCACUCCUCUCCGCCAUCUCUAUGGCCGUCCAGGGUCAGGAACUCUAACAACUCAGAUAUCCACAAUUGUCUUACAUCACAACACAUGGCCAGAGUGGGGCGAUGAAGUGAAGAUCUUAUUACCUCACAACCUAACUUCGCAACAUCAUCUUCUCUUUACCUUUUCACAUGUGGCAAUUGAAGCAGCCAAAGCAGGGAAGAGAGAUGUGCCAGUUGAGACUGUGGUUGGUUAUUCAUGGUUGCCUCUCACCAUGAAAGGUAGAAUUGUUACUGAAGAACAGAUCCUCCCUGUAGCAGCUCACUUGCCAGCUAAAUACCUCUCCAUUGAACCUCUUGGACUUGGAAAAGGGUUUGCUGGACCAGAAGUUCGUUGGGUGGAUAGCCAGAAGAAUGUCUUCCGUGUAUCCAUGCGCUUAGUCUCCACAGUUUUAAGCGCAGAUCAACAUCUGCACAACUUUUUUCACUCCAGUGCCUCCCUUCUUCCUUUGAUUAGCUCCUCUGGAGGAGCUGGUGCUGCCUCAAGUCCAAGGUCUACCCAACCCAUGGAUGUGGAAACACUUAAGAAUCUUAAGGCUCUACAUGCUCUAGAAGUUGGCAGUAUUAUUGCAUUCCUUCCAACUCUUCUCAAUCAGCUUCUUGGAGUUCUUCUUAAUGGUGGCCCAGAUGUUGCUACAAAUGUUACAAGGGUGAUCGUUCAUGUCAUAGAUCAAAUGUAUGAAGCAGGCCGUGAUGACAUUUUACACUCCUACAUUAAGUAUGUCAUGAGUAUCUCGUGCCAUGGUCGUAAGACAAUCCAUGAAGAAUUGUGCCAGUCUCUCGCAGAACUCCUCCAGCCCUCCAGCAUGGAUCAACUCAUUACUAAUAAGAUUCUUCGACACAGUCAGUUUUUCUUUGCAUUCAUUGCUCGUUCUAUGGCCCUGCAUCUGCUAACUACUGCACGGAUCAAGAUGGUUCGCAAUGAGAGAUUUAGUGAAGAGUAUCAGACAGAAGUUCGGUCUGUUGUUGAACUUGUGUCCACUCAUAUCAUUCAACGUUAUAAAGAAAGCCCCGUGGAAGCAAGAGCUGCUAACAUUGCUCUGGCCCACUUUCUCAAGCAAUGUCUGAGCAUGAUGGACAGAGGAUAUGUGUUCGGACUGAUUAAGUUGUACUUGGAGCACUUUAGUCCUGGUGAUCCAAUUGUCCUCCAUGUGUACAAGUUUACACUUCUUCGCGUUGUGUGCUCACAUGAGCACUUUAUACCACUCAACCUUCCCAUCUUUAAUACUCCUCACAGUGUAGAUGCCAAAAAAGCCAAAUUACGUCAUAGUACAGAUGAAUUCUACCUCAGCACAGACUUCAGCUCACGGCACUUUCUUGUUGGUGCUUUGCUAAGUGAAGUUCGUGCUGCCCUAGGGGAAGUAGCAGAAGUUCAGAGAGUGGCCAUUGGUGUACUUCGAGAUUUGCUUGCCAAACACGCCUUUGACGAUCGUUACUUGCAAUCUGGUCAGCAAGGGAGAAUUGUCUGCUUAUAUUUUCCAAUAGUCUCAGUCCUUUUGGAAAAUGUGAAACGACUCAGUUGGCCUGCUGUUCCAUCAAACUCUACAGGUUCAGCAAUAAGGAGAGUUGACCCUCGAGCUAGUGCAAGAGCCCGAAUUGCAAGAUCUGGAGGAGGAAGCAUUGAUAUGAGUACAUAUAGCACUCCUUCUCGUAAAGGCUCUAGUCGCACUGAUGUUUCUGGAAUAACUGCCCGAGGGGAUUCCUCAUACCUGGCAAUUAUUGCUGGACCAGGGGGAUUAAUGACUCAUCAAACUAAUCUAGUCAAUGGGAGAUCUAGCUCAAGCCUAGAAUCAGAGGAUCAAGUGCCAUCUACAGCAAAUUCAGACCUACUUGAGGAGGAAUUGGAGGAGGACAUUACUGAAGAAGGAAGAAGUCAUUCUAGGAACCUCAGUGUGGCAUUUGCUGGGGAGAAUGGGCCUGUGAGAUAUGAUAAACUGUGCCCAGGAGAAGUCCGUGAUCUUCUACUCUGUUUCCUGCACACACUGAAGCAUGUCCCAGAACCUCAUUUGGUAGCCUGGUGGGCAACACUUGGUAAUGAAGCACUAGGCUACUUCUUUACUCUUCUUCAAUUAUGUUUACACCACUUCAAGUACACUGGCAAGAGACAGAUAGUGAGAGAACAAGCACCAAAAAGAGCAUCAACUCUUCCAGCAAAAUUACAGCCUCCCUACUCUUGCAGUAGAAUGUCCACAGCAACUGACAGUUACAGUGUAAGUAGCCAUGAAGGAGAAGGCUGGUUGAAGGCCCUACAAGAGGCUAACCUUGCCACAGAAGUUGGCCUCAUAGUACUUGAUGCUCUGGGUAACUUCACCACUCACUGCAGUGAUAUCCUCACAUCUGAUGGAGCUGAAAUCAUCAUGCAGCAAGUGUUUUCUUUACAUCUACUGUACCUACAGCUUGGGCAGUCAGAGAGUCUAAUGAAGCAUGUGUUUGCAUCUCUUCGGGCGUUCAUAAAUAAUUUCCCACGGACACUAUUCCAAGGCGAUGCUUCGCUGUGUGGGUCUCUCUGCUUCGAGAUGCUGAAGUGCUGCAACAGUAAGCUGACCAACCUGCGCCAUGAGGCCUGUGCUGUACUUUACCUGCUAAUGAGGAGUAACUACGAAUUCACUCGACGAACAGGCAUCAACCGAGUGCAUUUGCAGGUCAUCAUCUCUGUGUCACAGCUCUUAGGGGAGAUCAUUGGUUUGAAUUAUGCCCGGUUCCAGGAGUCAAUGGCUCUUAUUAAUAGUUAUGCCUCCAGUGACAAAGCAAUGAAUAAUACAGGGUUUGUAAGUGAAGUACGAGACUUGACCAAAAGGAUUCGGACAGUAUUGGUUGCCACUGCUCAAAUGAGAGAACAUGAGCGGGAUCCUGAGAUGCUAUGUGAUCUCCAGCACUCAUUGGCUGCAUCUUAUGCUGCAACACCAGAGCUGCGCACCACUUGGCUCCAGGCAAUGGCCAAGCAUCAUGUAAAGAAUGGAGAUCUAUCAGAGGCAGCAUUUUGCCAACUCCACAUUGCAGCCCUUAUGGCUGAGUAUUUACGUCACCAAGGAGAAUCUCCUGAGGGUUGCCAGACCUUCUCCAUUAUAUCGGACAACAUACCGAGGGAUGAGUCUAACUUGCGGCUGGAUGCAGACGUUGCAUGCAGCUCGCAGGCUCCACGCUUUCACACCGGUUUGGUGGACACAGUGUUCACUAUGGACUCAUUAAUCAACCAACUGGAGCUGGCUGGCGGGAUGGUCGAACGGGCAGAGCGAUAUGAAUUACUGGGUAACCUGUAUCGCAUUCUCAUUCCAAUUUAUGAAGCACGACGCAACUACCCAGCACUGGUCCAGUGUUACUCACAUCUUUAUCAGGCUUAUUCGCGUGUUGUAGAAGUCAAUGCCUCACAAAAACGUUUACUUGGGCGCUACUACAGAGUAGCUUUCUAUGGACCAAUCUUCGAAGAGGAAGCAGGCAAGGAGUAUGUGUAUAAGGAGCCAAAAGUGACAUCUUUAGCAGAGAUAUCAGAACGUCUAUAUCAUCAGUUCUGUGAUAAGUUUGGCAAGGAAGCUGUCAAGAUGAUUAUGGACUCAAAUUUUGUUGAGGCAGAUGAGCUUGAAUCCCGCUAUGCAUAUAUUCAAGUCACCCAUGUCUCUCCAUAUUUCUCGGAGGAGGAGCGAGUCAACCGCCAGAAUGAGUUUGAUCGUAAUAACAACAUAAACACAUUUAUGUUUGAAACACCAUUUACCCAGGGAGGCAAGGCUCAUGGCAAGCUGGAAGAGCAGUGGAAGAGAAGAGUUAUCCUAAAAACAGAUUAUACAUUUCCAUAUGUAAAGAAAAGAAUCCAAGUCGUUGACACAGAGGUUCUUGAGAUGUCUCCCAUUGAGGUAGCAAUUGAUGAAAUGGAAAGUCGCGUGAAGGAACUUUUGGAGAUUAUUAACAAGAAGCCAACUGAUGUAAAGAAAUUGCAGCUCAGACUUCAGGGAAGUAUCAGUGUCCAAGUAAAUGCUGGACCACUAGCAUAUGCUUCUACUUUCUUGGAUGAAUCCCAUUCUGCCUCUUACCCAGUGAACCAGGUCUUACGCCUCAAGGAUGUGUACAGAGAAUUUGUAUGUACCUGCAAGGAAGCACUGGAUCUGAAUAGCCAAGUUAUAAAUAGUGAUCAGUAUGAGUACCAGAUGGCCUUGGAGAGUAAUUUCUCAGAACUCUUGCAGUCUCUCUCGUCCAUCCUCAGUGAGCCUCUACUUGCAGCUCAAAUUGCCAUUGACAGUGUUUUGAAGAGAUCAUCACAACACUAUCUUAGUAUGAUAAGUUCUCCAGGAGGUGCCAGCAAUGCAUGAAGUUGUAUUGUUCAUGUUUUUAACUCAAUUUUUAUGAUAAGAUUUUGAACUUAGCUGAAAAUUUUUGAUACAGAUGCCUUUGGUAUACAGUAUGUGACAGAGACAUUUGGAAAUGUUUUACAAGAUUUAAAAACAAAAAACUUAUUGUAUUGAAUACGAUAAUUGGUAAUGUAGGUUAUGAUUACAUAGAUCUUGAAACAGUUGUGUACCUGAACUUCAACAUACAGGGUAAAGGCAUUAUUAUGAGGUGAUUUACGCAAGGGAAUAUAUAAAUGUAUUAUUCUGCUUUUAAAUAGUAGAAAACAAUUGCUUUGAACUAUGUGAAAUAGUGACUUUUUUGUGGCUGAAAGCAAUUUUUCAAGAUGUCAAAAAAUGUGCCAUGUAUGUAAGUCAUUUUAUAGAAAAGUUAAGAAAACUUUGGGAAUGAGUGCCAUUAUAAUUAUUUAGUAUUUGUCCAGCAGCUACUGGGCAACUGUCUUGUUUAAUUUUUUAGAGGUCUCAUGCUUGUUAUUAUUGAAGAGUCUUCAUGUUUAAUGAAUAUUACUAGAGUCUAUUGAUCAAUGUUUGCUCAUCAGCAAUGCAUGGGAAAUAGUAAAUUGUGGUAGACUUAAGUAAAUGUCAGCUUGUGAGUGAGUAAAUUCUAAUAUACAAUGGCCAUCUCACUGCUUUAGGAUGAGGCUUUCAGGCAUCUCAGUAUAAUUAAUUAUGUGAGUGCUGUAUUUUUAUAGUGAAAACAGUCAAAACUUUUUUGACUACAGUGAUGUAGAUUUUAAUUCACAGCUGUAAUGCAUGAAAUACUUGACAGAAGAUGAAAUUUUGUUUUCUUAGUUCUUUUGUAAAUAAGCAUAAUUUGUUUUCAUAGAUACUUUAAAGGGUGCCCUGUUACAAAAAAAAUUAUCAGUGUAUUCUCAUAGAUUUCACUUAAAAUCUAAAUAUGGUUCUGUAUAUGGUUUUCAAUAUUCAAGAUUCAAUGAUCAAGCAGAUAUACAGUAUCCUUAUUACAUAACUGCUAAGAUAUGCCCUUACAGGACUCUAUCUAGAAUAACUCUCCAACCUUAAUAGAAUAUUAUUGAUAAAUACUUGCAUGCAGAUGUUAUUCAUUACAUCAAAGUAUUCAGUAAAUGUAAUGAGUUGUAAUGUCGUUUAUUGUCAUUAGAUGGUUAAAAAUUACUGUAUGGUAAAUGAUGCAAGACAAAAUAGCAUUUUCAAGCUGUAAAUAUUUAAAUUUUUUUAAUGUUUGGCUGUAUACAGUAAUAAUGUAAAACAUAAUUGUCAAAUAUUUUUAUCUAGGCAGUAAGUCUGUGAUGUAAAUUACAUCUAUCAUAUAUAUAUAUGAAUUUUUUGGUAUUAAUAUUUGCAUAUUUUUUUUAAUAUGAAAAAGUAUUGAUAUGUUAUUAAGUGGUACUGUUGUUAAAUUUCCAUCACAUUCAGAGGCUUUCGUCUCUCGGGGCCUUAAAAACCAUUAAAGUAAGUGUUCUGUAGAAUAUACAUUUAGCUAAGAUGUUAAUAUUUUAAUUUGCAUUUCAUUGUUAGUGGAAAGGUAAGUUUUCUAGAUAUGUUUUUUUAUUUAAGAGUACUGUACAGGGUAUAGGUAUGUAUGGACUACAGUAUGCAGAUACUGUAUUAAUAUUUCAACUGGCCUCACAGAUUAACCCUGCAGUUUUUUACGUUUAAAGUUGAUAAAUGAAGUACUGAAUCUCCUUGCAUUUAUUUUGUGGAAUCUGACCCUGCUAAUCUUAACUGAUGGUGUGUGGUUGUAAUUUUGGAACUUUUUCUUAUUUGCUGUAUUUUAUGUUAACCUGAAUCAAUGCUUUAAGUUUACUGUAUGUGAAUUUUUAUAACUUUUUUGUAUAAUGGUGCUAUGAAUGUGUGUUCAUUGUUAUUUAUGGUGGUGAUGGCUGAAAAUUGUGAGGCGUUAUUUUAUUUUCAGUGUCAUAUUUGUUAAAAUUUUAUCUCUAUGUAGAGUAGUCACUUGACUCUAAAUAAAAUUGUCUGUGAGUAGCCAAGUUUUGCUCAUGGCUGUCUAUACAGAAUUUAAGUGUAGAAAAACAUUGUUUCCAAGAAAGAUGGAAUAAUUUUUGCUUGAAACAACAAAAGACACAUUUGUCUUUGUAAUGCUCUCUUUUUCAUAAUGCUUCUGUAGAGGGUAAAGUAAAAGCCUUUCAGUCGAAGUAUUUGCUUAUCUAUUAAUGUCAUUGUUGCUCACUGUAUUUAGCAAACAAAAUACUGUAUAUUUUUUAUUUAGUCUUGUAUUGGGGAAUAAAUACUCUAUUGACAAUUGAAGGUACAAUUAUAUUUGAAAAUAAUACAGUAUAUUAGAAUCACUUUAUUAAUUUUUAAGAUCUCAUCUCAUGAUCCCCCCCCCCUCCUGUUAAGAGUUUCUUUUUAGAAUUUUUGGGCAAAGUUUUACAAAGUUAAGUUGCUCAUUUAUGUAUGGUCUGUAAACUCAAAAGACAUAUAUUUGAUAAUUUUAUUUUACUAGUCUUGCUAUCAACUAGCUUAAGUAGAUGUUGAAUCAGGGGAAUUAGGUAUUUCUAUCCUGAAACCUUAAAACAAAUAAUAUUUGUUUGUGUUUUUUCUUUAAGUGUUUACAUUCUGAAAAUUACUAUUAGAAACUGGUGAAAUAAUCAGAACUACUUAGUAGGAGAUAGUAAAUUAUCCAUAAAAUGCUCAAGCUUAUACUCUAUAUCACUAUGGAACCAUAUGCAUUUAUUUUUCAGUAACACAGGCUAGUGUAUUGCACAAGACAUCAAAAUAUCUCAAGAUUCACUUCUCCUUGAUAGAUUAAUUUGGGAUACCAUUGAUGAAGAGGCUCAAUUUUAUGAUCAUCUUAUUUGAGCAUGGACAUGUAAUUUUAGGUAUAUAUAUAUACAGUAUAUAUAUAUAUAUAUAUAUAUAUAUAUAUAUAUUUUUUUUGUCCUGCUUUCUUUCUAUUUAACAAUGAGUUGCAUCUCUUCUCCUCUGUAUAAGGUAUCUGUAUUUUUCAUUUGUUUUCUGUUCCAUUUCCCACAGAAGCAGAGAUGUGAACUUUAAAGUCCUUAUAGAUAUCCACAAUUGGAUAUGGUGAAAUUUGUCAGAAUCUCAGAAACAUUUACCUUAACAUUUAUUAUGACUCAUCUCUUUUCUUGAUGAUCUGAACAUUCUUAAACUUGUUGUUAUAAUCCUGCAGACUAGCACAGUUUUCAUAAAUACUUGUUGAAACUACAUGGGUUAUAGAUGGAGGAUUAAUCCUGUAAACUCAAUGUAUAACCAAGUUAGUACUGUACUGGGAAACUUGUUAUUCCUACUUCCAUUUGGAGUACUGAAUUGGAUCUGGAGUAGUUGGUCAGGUUUGGGUGCUCAAAACAAUAUCCUCAAUCUUUCAGUGUUUUAGGGUACCAUUUUAGCAAAUGGAUAUCUUUGGAACCUCAGUAUCUUCAUACUGAUAUUGUAAUUAUUUGAUUUAUUAAUACUCUACUUAGAUCCUGGUCACAAGUUCUGACCUUGGACUACAUUCUAUAGUUUUGCUGACCAUGUAAAGUUGCUCAAUCCUGUACUGUUAGAAAAUUUGAUAUUAGAAUCAAUCCUCUAUUUUGGAUAGUCCCAAGCCUAGUUCAUCACAAGCCAGCAUUCUUAACAAAUUACAAUACUAUGCCUAUUUGUGAUGUUCUUUUUUCCAUUUUUGUAUAGUUCUAGAUUAUUAUGUCAUAGUAGCCAGGAAAAUUAGGGGACAUGCUCUCAGUACAGUAUUGGGUUAUUAAUUUUUUUAGUGUAAAAUGAGAGGAUCAGCCGGUCAUUAGUAGUAAAAGCAAAGAAUACAAAUAAUCUUAUUACUGUACUUUCUUGUAGCUCCUUGUUGGGGUUGAAUUGUAUGCCUUACAUGUGAUAUUUUUACAGGAUGUCCUUGCCUCUGCUGCAGCAGAAUAUUAAUCUGCUGAAUUACCAUUGUCUCUGCUUUAUACUUACUGUAUUCUUACAAUCCAUUAGGAAGUUUUAGUCCAUGUAGGUAUUUGUUUACCAUAACAAUCAAAGCUUUUUGUUUAUAAUUGCAAUUAAGGUAUAUAUUGUCGAGCAUCUUUUUUCUUGUAGAAGUGAUAACAUUUUAUCUUGAACAGGUAGGAGUCACAUAUUGUUGGCAAUAUGUCAAAUUAAUACAAAAAAAAAUUAUAGUUGAGUAGCAAAACAGAAUAUCCAUGCAUCAUCUAUAACAUUGUAUGUUUUCUCCUAUAUAUUUUUAGAUUUUAUCCGAUGGGUGCGUCGUCACUUGAGCAUUUUAGCCCGAAUGAACCAAACGAGCACACAACGCACGAAUGAACCGAAAGAGCAAUUCGAGUGCAAGCUCUCUGUAUUCUGUGUGUUUGACGGUGCUUGUCUUUUUCCUACCGUUUUCCUCAGUUGAACCAUGGAUCUCACAGUGGCAUCAGGUGCAUUCUUCAGUAUUUACUCCUUCGCCAAAAGGAAGAAGAAAUCUAGUAGAGUGUGGUUAAGGCGACUAUUUUCUGGACGGAAAAAUAUGUCCCUGUUGAGUGAAAUGGAUCAUGGCCAUUUGAAAAACUUUACUUAAGUGACACCAGAGGACUUUGAAACAUUAAGUAACCUUGUAGGACCAAGAAUUAUAAAGAAGGAUACAACAUUCUGAAGAGCCAUACCGGUCCAAGAUCGUUUGGCUGUAACUCCACAACUUUCUUGCCACAGGGGACUCCUAUACCAGCCUGCAGUAUUUAUUCAAGAUAUCCAGGCAACGCAUAAGUGUGAUAAUCGCAGAAACAUGCAGCGCUUUGUUUGAAGCCCUGAAGGAUUACAUAAAGGUAAUACAAAAAUAUUAAUGUUUUAAUAAUAUUUACCUUAUUAGCAUACUAAUAUGUUGGUACAUGUAAAUACUACCCAUGUUUGUAAAGUUGUGGGCUGCCCUAUUAAUGUGUGUAGGAAAUAAAGUAAUAUACUAUAAUUAUCUAAUGGAAACAUGUCUUUAUUCAAUGUUGUAAGUUACGAAUACAAAGCAACCCUUAUUAACUCAUUCAAGCAAAUACAAAAGUGAUUGUGACUUGGACUCUGCCUGGGAUUGAAACUGAAUUUCGGGAGGAGGAGUGGGUGCAGGAGAAGAGUGGACUGAUUGUGUUUCAGGAGUAGGUGUGGAAUGAUAUGAACCUGGUGUAGGAAUGUUGGAGGCUGUGGAUGGACAUGCAGAAAAAGGUCAAAUUGUCCCAUAUCAACAUUGAAUAGUGUGUUAUUGAUGUGGUGUUGGACUGUGGCUCUCAUUCUCUUACUAUAGUUUCAUAAUUUGUUGGCCACGUGUAGCCCAUAGACACCGCACUCAUCUUGUUGCAAAGAAGCACUUGCAGCGGCACCUUUUAAGAUGUUAAGAGCUUCCCCUAUUUGUGGGUCCUCUUCUGACUCGGCCUUCUUUCGUUUAUGCUGUUUCUUUGCCUGAGUAGCUGGUGGUGACUUGAUUAUCUGGGUGGUAACAUCAUUGUCAUGCAGCAGUGUCUCUACAUUGGUGUCAUCAUCUGGUGUGUCUUCUCUUCUCUCCGGGAACAUUCCAUAAUUUGUGCAAUGCUCACUCAGCAAUCAUGCUUCCUAACUUUAUUGUAGUCGAGCCAUGUUGGGGAUUCCACAGCUCAGGAUGCUUCUCAUAUUCAUUCACUGAGGUUAAACAUUUCUCCCUGUCCCACUCCAUAACACACCACAUAGCUGGAACAGCGCGAACACCCAUCCUGACUGUGCACCAACGAGCAACUGAAUCCUUUUGAGCAUGCACCAUCUACCCACAAGCGACGGAAAACGUUUGGCACACUCGAUUCGGUUCGGAGACACGUCGUUACUAGCCAAAUUCUACUCUGCAUGUUCUGCUCAUUUGGUUUGUUUGGGCUAAAAUGCUCAAGUGAAGAUGCAACCUUUGAGCUUAGUGUUACCACCUCUCUUUCCUUUUCUCUCAUCACAACAAACAUGUGUUAUAUAUAGGCAGAUCUGCUGUGAGGAUGAAAAAAGAUUAGUGCCAUGAGAAACUUCAUCCUUCACAUAAGCAGAUCUAUUCCUGAGUGAAACAAUCUUCAUCCCUUACAGGUAUUUAGAGUGAGGUCUACUCUUUAUGGUGUAGAGAGCUUCCUCUGAAGCGUUUCUUCUUUCUGCUUUUGGCCCAUUCAUUUGCAGACCACCUACUACUUUUACUAUAUUUUCAAUGAAAAAUAUAUCCAAAUUGAUGAACGGAGAUAGAAUUGGAUUCGUUUAUAUAAAACAGCUCAUAAAACUCUCUCUAUACAGUACUCCAGAACUAUUGUGAUUAAUAUUAUAUAAUGUAACAAAUUCUUUUUUUAAAGUCCUUAAACAAAAUAUUGAUGCUGUAUUUUGUGUACUGUAUUCUGUUGUGAUUGGGCUGUUAAUGUGUUACACCUACUAUUGGCAUGGCCCUAUAUUAGACUUUUUUAUGUGCUUACUAGAAUAUAUACUGUAUUUGAUAAAGAAAGCAUUUUCACAAUAUUUCACCUUAUGUUUUCACAAACACACACUGACAUAGAAAGGGAGAAAUAUAAAUUUUAUUGAUUCAACAUGUCUCAAACAGAAAUGACAGCUUUUGCAUAUUACUGUACUCUAUAAGUGUAUAUAUUACAGUAGACCCCCGAUAUAACACAAGACUGUGACCAAGAAUUGUUGCAUAACAUAAAAUUGCAUUAUAUUUCAGUGGGGAAAUAUAGGUUACGGGACCACAGUCACGAAACAUACAACAAGUGUUUUCUCAUUUCAACACUAAUUUCAUUAUUUCAAAUCUCCUUUUAAUAAUUAUUAAUUUACCCGAGUCUGAACAACUGCUUCCUGGACUACAGUUUUUCUUUCUCACAGUGACUGGUGGAGUAAGUAGAACUCAGGGUGUCGUGAAUUGUGUGUAAUCUGCUUAGAUGCUUCAUUUGGUAUAAAACCAUUAAAAACAUAUUAAAUGAAACAUUAAAAAUACUUAUCUAAGAAAAUGAAAUAAUAAAAAUAUAUUUAAUGGUUUUACACUAAAGGUCAGAGCUGACCAGUGGCAAAGAUGAUACGUAACAUAAAAAAUUCCUUUUAGACCUCAUUUUUCUCACUUCAACACUAAUUUCAUCAGUUCAAAACAUUUUUAAUAUAUUAUAACUCACCUUGAGACUGAACAACACUUCCUGGGCUACAUUUGUUCAGAAACAAGGUGACUAAUAGAGCAAUAGAACAUGGGGUGUCAGGAAUUAUACAAUAUCUGCAUAGAUGUUGCUGGCCGGUGCUAGCAGACAACGUACCUGCCUCUGCUGCCAUUUAUUGAGGAUUGCGAAAACUUUGUUUUCAUUUAUUGAUCGAUUGUCUUCGUUUCAUAUUAAAACUUUAAAAACAUAUUUAAUAAAAGAAAUUAAAAACAGUUAAGGCUUCUCUAAGCAAUGAAACUUUAAAAACAACUACAGUACUGUACAAUACAAUACUGUAUAAUGAUCAGUGCAGGAAACUGUCAGUGUCAACUUCUUCGGAGUAAAUGUUGUAAACUGUUGUAAUGACCUGUCAGAGAAUAUUAUGAGAGCAAGGAUUGUGAACUGUUGUAGUAACCUGCCAGAAAGGUUGUCUAGAAAAUUUUCCCAAUUUUUUUAUACCCUGAAUUGCCUCUAUUAAUGACAGAAUAUGGAAUUUGAGCACAGAAAAUUAAAACAUUGAACAAGCAAUAGGAAUGUUGUCUUGAACAGGAAAAGAGACAACGGAAGUUUUAGUUUAUAUUUAAAAAUUCAUGUGUUAAGGCAUUUUGAUAUGGGAGAACAGCUUUGGGUAUCACUAGAGCACUACACCCAAUGUUUAACAUACUGUGCAGUAAACCCUUGCUAUUCACAGGGGUUAGGUUCCAGGGAAUGGCACAAAUUGACAAAACUGCGAAUAGUAACUUAAUCUGCCUUAGCACACUACUGUAUACCUAUAUAGUACAGUGUAUGAGAAACUUAAGUUACCAAUACAGUACUGCUCUUCUUUGUACGUGAAAGUUUGGAGCCUGAUGAAGUGUACUGUACAGUAGACUGAAAUCUGGUUACUGAAGCAUAAGGAGAUAAUCAGGAUCACUGUUGGAAGAGGGUGAUGCAGUGGUGGUUGGUGGAGAGGUGUGUGGUGGGUAGGUAGGUAGUGGAGUGGCGGCAGCAGCUGAAUGAGUAGGUGAGGGAGACGAAUCAGCUGGGCGAGCGGCUCGUUCUUUCUUGAAAAACAUCAUGAUUGGCAGCUAUUUCCUUUUGGCUUUGAGGUCUCUUAAACGUUUCACUCCACUAGCACUGACACUAGGCAGUCUUUUAGGGGCUAUUUCAGAUGAAAACAUUAAAGCUUUCAGUGUAACACAAGAGAUGCUGUGUCGCAGGUAAUGGUUUAGCACAAACAAAGUGAGAGGAGACGCUGUGGGUGCAUGAGGGUGACUCAUUGCGCUGUGGUCAGGCUCGUAAGGUAGCCACUAUCUGCUUGCCUCGAAUAGUCGAAAUUGCAAACUCAUAAAUAGCGUGUUUAACUGUAAUUUGUGAUUUUUUCUUCAAUUUUCUUCCAAAAACCUCUUUCAAAGUAAACCUCAAAAUUUUUGGAUGUUUCACAUCAUUUGUGACAUUCUCAUGUAUUAAUUAUUUUAUUAUAUUUAUAUGUUUUUCUUUAAAGCCAGUCUCAAAAAUCUUUGUUCAAAGGGAAUCUGUGCAUUUAUCAUAUUUUGUCAUUCAACUCUUUAUUUACUUUUUUCAUGACUGAGCUCUGGGCUUACAAUACGCAAACUGAAAAUGACAGUUCAAUAACGAAAAAUAGGAGUGGUUUAGGGUGCUGUGUUAUAUUGAAAUCAUUGUAUAUUGAAUCAAAUUAUAUUAGGGGUCUACUAUAUAUUGAAUAUUAGGAAUAAAAGUAGGGAUACAUAGAAAUAAGAGAAAACAUUAAAAUAAAAUAAGUUUGUUCCA